UAUUGGUUUAGAGCAGUUGACGAAAUUGUAAAUGAAAGCACGGCCGGUGGUGGUGGUGGUGAUGGCGCGCGGCUGCAGAAGCAACAGGAUUUGUGCGAUGACGUCGUGGUUGUGGUUGUGGUUGUGCUUGAUAAUGAUGACCGCCAUAGUUCGAGCUCAAAACACCACCGAUCCAGCUGAAGCGCGAGUUGUAAAUGCAUUGUUCAGCAGUUGGGGGAUAUCAGAAGAUUCAGUAACACAGAUGGGAUGGAACAUAAGCGGAGAACUAUGCAGCGGCGCCGCCGUGGACUCUACCGACUUCGAUAGCGGUACUUACAAUCCCGGCAUCAAAUGCAACUGUAAUUUUCCCAAUUCUACUUGCCACGUUACCCGACUAAAAGUUUAUGCUAUGGACGCUGUGGGCCCGAUCCCAGAAGGACUCUGGACUUUGAUUUACCUUACCAAUCUCAAAGUGGACCAGAACUACUUGACAGGUUCCUUGUCACCUUCCAUUGGUAAUUUAAUUCGGAUGCAGUACAUGACUUUCGGCAUCAAUGCGUUAUCAGGGGAGGUUCCACCUGAGUUAGGGCGGCUUACUGACCUUAGAUCGCUGGGACUUGGCACAAACAAUUUCAGCGGUUCAUUACCAUCUGAACUUGGAAAUUUGCGAAGAUUAGAACAACUUUACAUUGAUAGCGCUGGAGUUGGUGAUCAAAUACCUGCAACAUUUGCUAAUUUACGCAACAUGCUCACAGUAUGGGCUUCUGACAAUGAAUUCACAGGGAGAAUACCCGACUUCAUUGGGAAUUGGUCACGGUUACAAACAUUGAGGCUUGAGGGGAACUCUUUUGAAGGUUCAAUACCACCCACAUUUUCUAAUCUGACCUCCUUGCAGGAGCUGAGGAUAAGUGGUUUAUCUAAUGGAACUCUGGAUUUUAUAAGGGAUUUGAAGUCCCUUAGUACUCUAGUUUUGAGGAAUAACAGAUUUUCGGGCUCUAUUCCAACCAACAUUGGAGAAUAUCAAAAUUUGACACUACUGGAUUUGAGUUUCAACAGAUUGACUGGGCAGAUUCCAAGAGAAUUGUUCAACAUGAGCCAGAUCUCUUUCUUGUUUCUUGGAAACAACAGUUUAAACGGUACACUUCCUGCUGUAAAGAGCACCACACUCAGAAAUAUUGAUGUGUCAUACAAUGAACUAUCUGGGACACUUCCUUCUUGGGUCAAUGAGCAAAAUUUACAACUUAACUUACUUGUGAACAACUUCACUUUAGAAGGUUCAGGAAGCAGUGGUUUGCCUUCAGGAUUAGACUGUCUCCAAAGAAAUUUCCCUUGUAAUCGUGAGUCACCAAGAUAUAGUGACUUUGGAAUCAAUUGCGGCGGUCCUCCAAUUACGUCAUCUAGUCAACUAAAUCAUGAGCAAGACAAUGAAGUUCUUGGACCAGCUACAUACUAUCUCACUUCUGAAAGGAGGUGGGGUGUCAGCAAUGUUGGACAAAGAAUGAACCCAGUAUAUACAGCCUCUUCUUCACGCCAAUUCACAAACACAUUAGAUUCAGAGUUGUUCCAGACAGCAAGACUCUCUGCUGGAUCAUUAAGAUACUAUGGUUUAGGGCUAGAGAACGGUAACUACACUGUGAACCUACGGUUUGCAGAACUACAGAUAGAAAAUGGUCCCACUUGGAGGAGUCUUGGAAGGCGGGUCUUUGACAUUUAUCUACAGGGAAACCUGGUGUUUCCAGAUUUCGAUAUAAAAAGGGCAGCAGGGGGGGCCUCCUUUAGUCCCGUUUCUAGGCAAGAAACAGUUCAGGUUUCUAAUAACUACCUUGAGAUACAUCUAUUCUGGUCAGGAAAAGGGACUUGUUGCAUACCUCAGCAAGGAGAUUUUGGACCUCUUAUCUCAGCAGUCAGUGCCACCCCAAAUUUCGUACCCAGCGUGAGUAACGCUCCACCUUCCACAAAGAAGAAGAAUAGGACCGGCUUGAUCGUAGGGAUUUUGGUUCCGGUUGCAGUUGUAAGCUUUCUGUCAUUAUUAGCUCUGUAUAUUUUCCGUCAGCGAAGGAAAAGGAAGGACGCCACUGACAAUUAUGAAGAGUUCUUGGGAAUUGAUGCCAGACCAUAUACCUUUGGUUAUGGAGACCUGAGAGACGCAACGGAUGAUUUUAGUCCUGAAAAUAAGCUUGGCGAGGGAGGUUUUGGUCCUGUUUACAAGGGAACGCUCAAUGAUGGGAGAGUAAUAGCUGUUAAACAACUUUCUGUAGCCUCCCACCAGGGCAAGAGUCAAUUUAUUGCUGAAAUUGCAACAAUAUCUGCUGUCCAACAUCGAAAUCUUGUGAAAUUGUAUGGAUGUUGCAUUGAUGGGGAGAAACGACUUCUUGUUUACGAGUAUCUCGAGAACAAGAGUCUUGAUCAAGCAUUAUUUGGAAGUAACAACCUGUCUCUUAAUUGGUCCACACGUUUUGAAAUAUGCAUGGGGAUAGCACGAGGUCUUUCAUAUUUGCACGAAGAAUCCCGCAUACGGAUUGUACACCGAGACGUGAAAGCUAGCAAUGUUCUACUUGAUUCUGAUCUGAACCCCAAGAUAUCAGAUUUUGGCCUGGCCAAACUUUAUGAUGACAAGAAAACACACAUGAGUACUCGUGUUGCAGGCACAAUUGGGUAUCUCGCACCGGAGUAUGCAAUGCGUGGACACCUUACAGAGAAGGCCGAUGUGUUUGGCUUUGGAGUUGUCGCUCUAGAGAUUAUCAGUGGACGGCCUAAUUCUGAUUCAAGUUUAGAAGAUGACAAAAUAUAUCUUCUUGAAUGGGCAUGGAACCUGCACGAAGCUAAUAGGGAAAUCGAGUUGGUAGAUGAAGAAUUGUCUGAAUUUGAUGAGAAUGAAGUUAAACGAGGGAUUAGCAUCGCCCUUUUGUGCACCCAAACCUCACCAAUGCAACGGCCAUCGAUGUCACGGGUCGUGGCAAUGCUUUCAGGCGACAUAGAAGCAAGCGGUGAUAUUACUAGGCCCGAGUACCUAACCGGUUGGAAGUUCGACGAUGCUACCACAUUUAAGGACGCUCUUCCAACCCCCGGUAGUGAUAUUGUGGGAAGUACAAGUACUAGUAACUCGAUGGUUUCAGCACGAUCACCGAUUGAUGCUUCUAGACCGAUACUUCAUGAUAUCAUCGGAGAAGGUAGGUGAUGGAUGAUCUUCGAGUCUUGUAUUAUUUUUGUUGUUAGAACACAUUUUUGGGAGCGUAAAACCGCUACAAGUAAAUAUGAAGAUGUACCUA